GCGGGUUUAUGUCGCGCUCCUAGUUAGAGAAGCCCGGAUGGAGGACGCAGAGGCACGCUGUUGCCAUGGCAGUUUCGUCCUGGCUGCCGCGGAGGCAGGUGCGGGUCUCCGUGGCCUCAAUGUGAAGAGCUUAGAAAGACGAGGAGAGAACUCCCCCGGCUAUCUCUGUGACCCCAGCCGCUGCAUUUUACACAGACAAUGAAUGAAAAUAAAGAUGCUGAUUCAAAAGAAAGUGAAGAAUAUGAAGAUGACUUUGAAAAGGACCUGGAGUGGUUAAUUAAUGAAAAUGAAAAAAGUGAUGCCAGCAUAAUAGAGAUGGCUUGUGAGAAGGAAGAGCAUAUUAACCAAGACUUAAAAAAGAAUGAAACAGUAAUAGAACACACCAAACAGCUUUCUGAUCCUGACAAAUCUUUCCAGGAUGAGAUCUCACCAAGAAGAGAUGACUUCAUUUCUGUACCAAGUAGUCAACCUUCAGAUCCCAUAUCAGAUUCAGAUAGUGAAAACUCUUUCCAGGAAUCCAAAAUAGAAAGCCAGAAAGACUUGGAGGAUGAAGAGGAUGAGGAAGUGAGGAGAUAUAUUAUGGACAAAAUUGUACAAGCUAACAAGCUUCUACAGAAUCAAGAACCUGUGAAUGAUAAAAGGGAGCGGAAACUUAAGUUCAAGGACAAAUUAGUUGAUUUGGAAGUUCCUCCAUUAGAAGACAAAAAUUAUGUUGAAAAUGAAAGGAAUAUGUUUGGAAAACUGUCACAGUUAUGUAUUUCCAAUGAUUUUGGACAAGAAAAUGUGCUCCUGUCACUUCCUAAUGGAAGCUGUGAAGAAAACAAGGAUAGAACAAUACUGGUAGAGAGAGAUGGAAAGUUUGAACUUGUGAAUUUACAAGACAUUGAGAGUCAGGGAUUUUUGCCUCCUAUUAAUAAUGCAAAUAGUACAGAAAAUGACCCUCAGCAGUUGUUACCGAGAUCUUCCAAUUCCUCUGUCAGUGGCAUCAAGAAAGAAGAUUCUGCAGCAAAGAUUCAUGCUGUCACUCACUCAUCAAUAGGGGAGCCGCUGGCUUAUAUCCCUCAGCCACCGCUCAACCGCAAGACUUGUCCAAGCUCUGCUGCCAACUCAGAUCGAAGUAAAGGGAAUGGGAAAUCUAAUCACAGGACGCAGUCUGCACAUAUCUCACCAGUGACCUCAACAUAUUGUCUUUCCCCUCGACAGAAAGAACUACAAAAACAGCUAGAACAAAAGAGAGAAAAGCUCAAAAGAGAGGAAGAGCAACGGAAAAUAGAAGAAGAGAAAGAAAAAAAGAGAGAGAAUGACAUAGUAUUUAAAGCAUGGUUGCAAAAGAAAAAAGAGCAGGUCUUAGAAAUGAGGAGAAUUCAGCGAGCAAAGCAAAUUGAAGACAUGAACAGUAGAGUCAUUUGCAUCUCGUUAUUGGGCCACGAGAAACAGCAUCCUGACCCUCAGUUUAGUCUGGGAACAAGAUUUGGUGCACCAGCCAGGAGUGACCAGGAUGGUGCUACAUGCAGCAGCCAGCAGCUUGUGAGGAGACAGUCUUCAGGAGGAUCCCAACAGCUGCUGGUGAGAUUUUCCUGGGGACCCUCUUUAAGGCUGUCCUGGGUUCAAAAGUGCAUGUCCCUUUCACUGUUGGGGAAGAACGGCAAUCAGGAGUGGACAUGCUUAAAGGGUGAGUUAACCGAAUCUUAUGCCAGGAGCCUGCUAUUUUCCUAUCUGGGCUUGUUAAGCCAUUUGUCCGGUACUGCCAAGGGAAGCAAUAAGGCUUGGUAAUACAAUUGCUUUACAUUUCGUUUGAGAUAAGGUUUUGAGUCUGUUUUCCCUGACUCAAAACACUCCCCCUUAUGUUGUCCAAAAUUUGUCUCCACUUCUUGUGUAUCUGUCUUACUCCUUUUGAUACCAUGUAAACUAGAAAAUGGGAGGUACUGGGUCCAUUCCUGCUGACAGGCCUCUGGGAAGGAAAAGAUAGUUUUUAGGAGCUCAAUGGUUAAAAUUCAGCUUAAUUAAAAGCUAACAUCCGAGAUAUGUAUAUGUAUGUGUGCAUGUUUAUACUUAAAAGGCAUUCAUGUUUUUAUUUCUCUCCUAGGACCUUUUCUUUUUGAGCAAAAGUUUUUUCUUCUCGAUUAAUUGAAUUCUGCUUUCUUCAUUAAUAGCUAUUGCCUACAGAAGCUACUGUGGUUUUUUAAGAAAAAGUGUAAAUUAGACACUUAGAAAUGUCUUGUGUGGAAAAAAAUUUUUUAAGUGCACUGUAUAAAGCAUCACAUGGUCUAGCCUCAGAAUAAUUCUCCCUUUUUGAAAAGCUCUUCCUUUAUAAAUUACUCAGGUAUUUCUUCAUAGCAGUGUGAGAAUGGACUAAUACAUGUCUUUCUAGGAUUUUACCUAGUUUAUUGGUAUGCAGUUUUUCUUUAUCUAUGUAAGGUUACUAAUAAUGUCCCCACUUUCAUUUCUGAUUUUAGUUUUAUGUGUUUUAUUUUUCUUAGUCAGUAUGGCUAUCAAUUUGUCAAUUUGGUCUUUCUUUGUAAAGAACUAACUUUUGACUUCUUUGAUAUCUCUCGUUUUUCUGUUCUCUAUUUUGUUUGUCUGCACUCUAAUCUUAAUUUCCUUCCUUCUGCUCACAUUGGGUUGUUUGUUCUUUUUCUGUUUCCUUAAGGUGUUAUGUUAGAUUGCUCAUUUGAGAUCUUUUAUUUUUUAAAUUUAGCUCUCUUAUCUUUAUUAUUGUUAUUGACACUCUUAAACCAACAGUUGCAGAAGUGUGUCUCUAGUUUGUGGUUACAGUAGUAUAUAUACAUUUAAACAAUUUUUUUUAGUUUUUUUAAUUGUGGCAACAUACAUGUAAAAUUUACCAUUUUGAUUGUUUUUUAAAUGUACAAUGCAGUAGCAUUAUGUAGACUGACACUACAUGGUUGUACAUGGUUGUACAACCAUGAUCACUGUUUAUCUCCAGAACUGUUUUGUCAUCCCAAUCUGUAAUUCUAUACCAACCAAAUAAAAACUCCCCAUUCUAUACUCUCUCCAGUCCCUGAUAACCACUAUUCUGCUUUCUGAGUCUACAAAUUUGACUCUUCUAGGAAUUCAUAUAAAUGGAAUCAUUUGAUGUUUGACUUUUUGUGUCUGACUUAUUUCACUUAGUGUAAUAUUCUAAAGGUUCAUCUACAUUGUAGCAUCAAAUUUCAUUGCUUUUUAAGACCGAAUAGUAUUUAUUUACAUGUAUAUACCACAUUUCAUUAAUCUAUUCAUCCAUCAAUGGACACUGGGUUAUAACCACUUCUUGGCUAUUGUGAAUAAUGCAGUUGUGAACACUGUUGUACAAAUCUCUAUUCCAGUUUUUGCUUUCAGUUCUUUUGGGAAUCUACCUAGAAACAGAAAUGUUAGGCCAUAUGGUAACUGUACGGGGGGGGCGGUGUCUGAAGGAACUCCCUAAACCUCUGUGAUUUAGCAGGAGAUAAAGGUAAUCGUCCUAGCACCUGGUCCCAUUUAGAUUAAGGAAAUUAAAUUAAUUUUUUGAGGAUCUGCCACACUGUUUUCAACAUUUUACAUUCCCACAAACAAUGCAUAAGGGUUCCAAUUUUGCCACAUCUUUGCCA